AUGUCCACGAACACUUCCCCAAACAGCCUGGUUCUCCCACCCUCCGGCCAUGGCCACUCGCGCGAGACAGCGCAGUGGUCGCACGCUCUCCUCGGUAAACCCGACCAGCCCGCGUACAUCGUCCACGCCUCACUUUCGCCGCCCGUCACCUGGCGCAUCUGCACGAAGGCGGAGGCCUUGUACUAUCAGGAAAGCGGAUACGCUAUGUGGCGCGUCUUCGACGGCCGCAAGGUCGUGUUCGAGAAGGACGUCAUGAGCGAUUCGUCCAUGCCGUUUGUUGACCAGUUCGUGGAGGUUGUGGGGGAGGAGUAGGGAAGGGGGAUUUGGUUGUUGC